AUGGCUCGCGAUAGGAGCGUGUGCGUGGAGCCCAACACCGACGACGUCCCUCCGCCGCCAAGGGGUCACUCGUCGCUUCGCAGUCAAUUUCGCGAGGUUCCUGCGAGCGCGCAGUCGGUCGCACAGGGCCCGUCGCUGCCGCCGUCGGCGUCCGUGCCGAGCGGCAACGCGCGCUACAUCCGCUCCACCACCACCCCCCCUCUGCGCCGACCCCCGCCCGCGCAGCCCCCUCCGGCUGAGGGGAGCGAUGGCGGGGGCAGCAGCAAACCGGAUGCGCCGCCGCGGGAGCUCCGGGGGAAGCCAGGCGCGCGCGAGAACGGUGGGAGCAGGAGGAUGGAGGGGAGCGAAGGGGGAAACCAGGCGCAGGAGGGGACGGGCGGGGGAGGCGCGCAGGAGAAAGCGGCGGUGGCGGGGGUGGCGCGCGAGGUGCUGUUCGUGAAGGGCAACGUGGCGGUGCACCCAUCCGCGUCGUCCAGCCGCAAGAUCGCGGGGCAGCUGCGCCUCGUCAAGCACGGCGCUGACGUGUUCCUCAACUGGAUUCCCUACGAGCCCUCCUCACCAGCAGGCACGCCCAGAGGCAUAGCACGCGGCAGUCUGCUGUACUCCAUCCGAUCAGUGGCGGUGUCAGAGAUGCGAUCCAUCCGCCGCCACACUCCGCCCUUCGGAUGGCACUACAUCAUCAUCGUCCUCACCUCAGGGGUGGCGUUCCCGCCGCUCUAUUUCUACGACGGGGGCGUGAAGGAGUUCCUGCACGUGCUGAAGCAGCACGCCAUGCUCGUGCGCUCGCUCGAUGACCCCAAUGUCUACAACGUCAACCAGUCCUUCGACCUCCUGCAGAGGAGUCUAGCGCAGCUGCAGCUGUGGGAUCCGCCCGCCACCGAGCGCGCCUCUGCCAACUUCCGCUCCAUGUCGCUCCCCGCCGCCCGCCGCCACGCCCCGCCCUUCCGCCCCUCUGCCCCCUCUGCCGCUGCAGCAGCGGCGGGUGGUGCAGGGGGGAGGGGAGGGGCGGGGGCGGGGGGGAAGUACGGGUUGGGCGAGCGCAGUGCGUCGGCGGUGGGGCCGCUGCGGGCCAGCAGGGCGCUGGGCAGUGUGAGCGAGGACGAGGGGGAGGGGGGCGAGGACGCGGAGGGCGCGGAGGGCGCGGAGGGCGCGGAGGGCGCGGAGGGCGCGGAGGGCAGGAAGGGGGAAUCGGCGAAGGUGGUGCGGCGGAACAAGCUGCCCCCGUCGCUCGCCCCUCGCAGCACCGCCGUCACUCCCACCCCUUCUGAUGGCGGGGCGGUGGAUGGGGAGAAGAAGGCGAAGGAAGGCGAGGGGGCAGGGGAGGGGGAGGAGGGGGAGCAGCAGUACCCGAGUGAGGUGGAGAUGCUUCGCAUGCUGGAGGCCGCCCAUGCGCUGGCGCAGCAGCAGGCCAAGCAGAAGAGAGGGGGGAAGGCGGGGGAAGCAGGGGAAAGGGGGCCUGGGGGAGGGGGAAACGGGGAGCAGCCAUCGGAGGCGGAGGUGCUGCGCAUCCUGGAGGCCGCCAAUGAGCGCGCCCUGCAGGACGCUGCUCGGGGCAGGGCGCUCUCGCAGCACCAGCACCGCCAGCACCGUGCACCGCACAGCAUGCAGCGCCAGCAGCCUGCUGACGUGGCAAAGGACAUCUCGAUGCAGGUGCUGGGGAGCUUCUCUGCUGUGACGCGCAUGGCACGCGGCAUGCUGGCCGCCGCGCCCGCCGCCGUGGGGGAGGCGAUGGGCGGGCUGGGCGGCAUGGGCGGUUACGAGGGGCGGCUGCUGGGCGGCAGAGACGCGGACGAACGCAUGCCCGCUGCUGACGCAUGGGGGGGCGGGCACAUGCAUGCACUCUCAUCUUCUCCCAGUAUCCCCACUGCAUCCAUGUGCAUGUGCAUGUGCGCUUGUGUGCAGGGGAGCACGGAGGAGAGCACAGGCGUGGGCGAGUUUGAACUGCUGGAUGACUUUCAGGACAAUUCCUCCUCCCUCGUGCCGCCUCGCCCUCAACUGCCACCACUCUCCGCAGACGAGUGGCGGGGGUAUCAGGACAGUGAGGGGCGGGUGAGCGAGGCGAGCAGGGAGGCGGUGCUGCAGCGCAUCUUCUACAGCGGCAUCGAACCCCACCUGCGUGCACAGGUGUGGCCGCGGCUGCUGGGCUAUGUGCCGUGGGAUGCCAGUCACGCGGAGAGGGAGCAGCUGCGGCAGCACCAGGUCGCCGCCUACAACGCUCUGCUGCUGCAGUGGCAGAGUAUAAGUGAGGAGCAGGCGAGGCGGUUCAGCAAGUACAGGGAGAGGUGCAGCCGCAUCGACAAGGACGUUGUGCGCUUGGACCGGCACGUGCCCUUCUUUGCGGGGGAGGGCAAUGAGAAUCUGGAGCGCGUGCGCCGCAUCCUCAUCACCUACGCCUUCUACAACUUCGACCUCGGUUACUGCCAGGGCAUGGGCGACCUGCUAGCGCCGCUGCUGAUGGUGCUGGGCGAUGAGGUGGAGGCGUUUUGGGCCUUCGCGGCGUACAUGGAGACCAUGGCGCCCAACUUCCACCGCGACCAGAGCGGCAUGCACGCGCAGCUGCAAGCCCUCUCCCAGCUGGUGCAGCUGGUGGACGCGCCCCUGUACGAGUACCUGGAGAGCGUGGACUGCCUCAACUUCUUCUUCUGCUUCCGCUGGAUCCUCGUGCGCUUCAAGAGGGAGUUUGAGCUUGAGGAGACGUGUCGGCUGUGGGAGGCGCUGUGGAGCUGCCAGCUGUCGCAGCAUCUUCACCUCUUCAUCGCUGCUGCCGUGCUCAAACGCCACCGCCGCCGCAUCAUGGACGAACAGAUGGAGUUUGACUCGCUGCUCAAGUUUGCCAACGACCUCAGCUGCCACAUCGACCUGGAUGCCGCCCUCAGAGACGCCGAGGCGCUGUGCAUCCUGUCAGGAGAGAGGGGGCAAGCGUGCAUGCCCGUGCCGCCACCACCUCUUGAAGAGAUUCACUUGGGAUCCGCAUUCAUGGGGGCGGCAGCAUGCGAGUAUGGAAUAAAAGGAGGGCCGCAGGAGGCGGUGGUGGAGAUGGGGCCGUACAAGACGGGCACGGUGCAGUGGCAGCGCACGCUCAAAGCGCAGAUGCAGGCGUGGCGCGACGACCCGCACUGGCACGACGAGACGCCCAACGUUAAGGUGUCGGCCCCCAAGGGCGCAUUCUGCCAGAUCGACUCGGAGGUGACGCUGGCGCUGCCGCCCGAUGCGGUGUACAACAUCCUGUGCGACCCGUGCAACCGGCGCGUCUUCAAGAACAUCCGCGCCGUCACGUACCGCCGCGUGCUGGACGACGACGGCGACCGGCAGCUCGUCGAGGUGGAGCAGUCGGCCGUCGGAAAAUUCCUCAUCUUCUCCGGCUCCUGCGACGUGCGACUCUUCGUGCGACAGGAUCGCCUAAAACACACGAUGUCGUUCUCGAUCGCGCGGCCGGGCUUCAUGCGACGAUUCGAGGGCUCGUGGCAGGUGGACCCGCUCCCUGUGCCGUGCUCGCGACACGCGCAAGCCAUGGCCGCCCGGGAGCGCGAAGCUGCGCGUGGUAAGGGCAGAGACACGGAGGGGGAUGGGCGGUUCGGAUGGAUAGGCGGGGAGAUGGACAAGGAGGGUGACGUGUUCUUUGACGCGAGUGACGUGUUACCGGAUGAGACAGACUCAGAGGAGUGCUGCGCGGAGUGCCACAUGCGCAUGGCCUCGCGCGUGCGCCUGCAGCAGGUGAUUCUGCUCGCCAUGCCGCCGCCCCCGCCGUUCGACAUGCUGGCGCGCAACAAGACGGCGCACGAGGCAAGAGACAUGCUGACAGCCUUCAUGGCGGAGGCGCGGCGCCUGAGAGAGGCGCCCUUCCCCAUCGCGGACGGCCACACCGCCUUCCCCGACCCCGCCCCCGCCUUCGCGUUUGACAUGCCCGCGCCCGCUGAAAAACCGCAAGCAGAGGCGUCCCUUCCCCCCCCUCCGCCUCUUGUGAGACUGGAUUCGCACGAGGAAGGCGAGAGCUCUGAACCCAGCGAAACUCUCGUCGAACCAACCGAAACUCCCGCCGCCGAUAGCAGUGACGGCAAGGACGCCUCGGCCGGCGACGGUGACGUGGCAGAGAAGUUCGAAGACGCGACGAGCGAGGAGCCGCCGGCGGAACUGGUGAUGGAUGAAGAGAGCCUGGCGCGGCAGCGGGAGUGGGAGCAGGCGCACCACGCCGCGGAGGCGCAGCGGCAGGCGGAGGAGGCGCAGCGGAAGGGGGAGGAGGCGGUGGUGCAGAUGGACGGGUACCGCGAGGGGCGCAUCUUGUGGCGCGCGGAGCUGGAGCGGCAGAUGCGCGCGUGGCGGGACGACCCCGAGUGGCGCGACGAGGCGGCGCAGCUGACGGUGUCGACGCCCAAAGGCACCUUCUGCCAGCUGGACUGCCACGUCACCCUGGCGCUGCCGCCCGACGCGGUGUACAACACGCUGUGCGACCCGUACAACCGGCGCGUGUUCAAGAACAUCAAGGCGGUGAAGCAUCGCAAGGUGCUGGAGGACGACGGCGACCGGCAGCUCGUCGAGGUGGAGCAGUCGGCCGCGUGGCGCUUCCUCGUCUUCUCCGGCUCCUUCGACACGCGCCUCCUCGUCACGCAGGACCGCGCCGAACGCACGGUGCGUCGCACGGGGGGGGGGGUGGAGCGACGACGGGGAGAGUAG